AAAGGAUGUAAAUAGCAGAGCAACUGUUACCAAGAAGGCAGCCACCACCCAAAGGAAGGGAGGAACGCGGGGCUUCCUCCAGGCUGCGCCCAGUCGCAACAUUAGGCAACAAUCAGGUGGUGUUCGCAACUUUUCAAGGUCAGCCUGGUGGAUCAGCUAUUUCCCUCGGAACCUUCGGGUGCACAGAGCUUGGAUUAGAUUUGGCUGCGAAAUGCACAGGACGCCAAACGUGGAAGGAUUGUAGGGGGUGUGUUGAUCACCCCCGCUCCCCCCUCCCCAGCUCUGUUCUCUGCUCUCCCAGAAAUCUUCAGCUCCCCUCCACUACCCAGUGGUGAGUAUGUGACAUGUGUCUAACUCUCUGCACCAAGUUUGGCAGCAGGUGUCGGUGCUAAGCGAGAGCGGGGCUUCUAGGUGCGCCCUCGCCGAGCCAUGCCGGCCCGGGGCGCGCCUCUCUCGCGUACAUCGCGGCUGCUGCUCCUCCUGCUACUGAAGGUUUCUGUCUCUGCUGCCCUGAGCUUUGUCCCUGAGGCCAGGAAUGGAACUUGUCUUGGGGAGAGCUGUUCCCCACUGCUCCAACGCCGCAGCAGGGAUGCCCGGGGACCAGGAAAUUCUGCAAGAGACUUUCUGCGAGUCCGUGUGCCCAGGGAGAAACUGGAAGCAGAGGUGAGAGGGGCGACCUCCUGGGACCUCCCAUCGGCCAGGGGCGGCAAGACAGGUGUGAGUGAAGAGGCUGCAGGUGCGGCAGCUGCUGGGCCCUUGGGUUCUCCAACCAAGCCACCUGGUGCCUGGAGGUGGAAAGGUGCCCAGGGUAAAGAGUCAUUCGGAAAUUUGGGGAGAAAGGAUCCUACGGACCUCCAACUCUUCCUUCAGACUUUGGGGAGGGAAGAGAUGAAUCCCAGGGGCGCUGGCAUUCCCCGGAGCAACCAGGAGCAGAGUGUGAAAACGGAACCUGAACCCAGAGAUCUUUUUUACUGGCCACGGAGAACUGGACCACUCCAGGGUUCUCACCAAAAGCCUCCAGCGGGGCACGAAGGGAGAACCAUUGCUCCCCCAGGCAGGGCACUACCGCAAAACGGGUCUGUAGAUGACUGGGUCCCUGACCAAGGGGGUCCACGCCGUGGAAACAGUACAAGCAGGCGCAUGAGACUGAAGAACCCUUUCUACCCCCUGACCCAGGAGUCCUAUGGAGCCUAUGCAGUCAUGUGCUUAUCUGUGGUGAUCUUUGGGACCGGCAUCAUUGGUAACUUGGCAGUGAUGUGCAUCGUGUGUCACAAUUACUACAUGAGGAGCAUCUCCAAUUCUCUCUUGGCGAACUUGGCCUUCUGGGACUUUCUCAUCAUCUUCUUCUGCCUACCCCUGGUCAUCUUCCAUGAGUUGACCAAGAAGUGGCUUUUGGAAGAUUUCUCUUGCAAGAUCGUGCCCUAUAUUGAGGUGGCUUCUCUGGGCGUCACUACUUUCACCUUAUGCGCACUGUGCAUAGAUCGCUUCCGGGCUGCCACCAACGUCCAGAUGUACUAUGAAAUGAUCGAAAACUGUUCUUCCACCACUGCCAAACUUGCAGUUAUCUGGGUUGGCGCUUUGCUGUUGGCGCUUCCGGAAGUUGUCCUCCGCCAGCUGAGCAAGGAGGACUUGGGCUUUAGCGGCCAGGCUCCUGCAGAACGGUGUGUCAUAAAGAUCUCUCCCGAUUUACCAGAUACCAUCUAUGUUCUGGCCCUCACUUAUGACGGCGCGAGGCUCUGGUGGUAUUUUGGCUGCUACUUUUGUCUGCCCACACUUUUCACUAUCACCUGCUCUCUAGUGACUGCGCGGAAGAUCCGCAAAGCAGAGAAGGCCAGUACCCGUGGGAACAAGCGGCAGAUCCAUCUGGAGAGCCAAAUGAACUGCACAGUGGUGGCCCUGACCAUUUUAUAUGGGUUUUGCAUCAUCCCUGAGAAUAUCUGCAACAUCGUCACUGCCUACAUGGCCACGGGCGUUUCACAGCAGACCAUGGACCUCCUCAACAUCAUCAGCCAGUUCCUCUUGUUCUUCAAGUCCUGUGUCACCCCUGUGCUCCUCUUCUGCCUCUGCAGACCCUUCAGCAGGGCCUUCAUGGAGUGCUGCUGCUGCUGCUGUGAGGAGUGCAUCCAGAAGUCUUCCACCGUGACCAGUGACGACAAUGACAACGAGUAUACCACGGAGCUGGAGCUGUCGCCCUUCAGCACGAUCCGCAGGGAGAUGUCCACCUUUGCUUCCGUGGGGACCCACUGCUGAAGCUCCCGGCUUGCUUAGCUCGGAUUUCUUCAAUUUUCAUAUCCUGUGAAAAUUUUUACUCCAUAUUUUUUCCAUACGGGGGAACGAUGCAAACAUUUUGAAAAGCAAGUAGAGGGAGACCUAUUAACUACUCUAGAACUGAUUUUGCAAAUUAAUAUUUGUGCUCUGGGAAUAAAAUGUUUCUAUUUAGUUAUGUAAGAAGAAGGUGGCCAACAGUCUCGUCAUUUUUCCUGCUAUGGUGCUAAUAUUUUAUUCAAAAGUUACUGCACCUUAACAAUAUUAAUUGUUGGAUUUCUUUCUUUCUUUCUUUCUUUUAAAAGCAUAAUCAUUGUAUAUUGAAGGUGGGCUUGUGGUUUCGCUAGUUAUUUUGUGUUUGAGUUGUGAUUGAAAGUACAUUGUAUCUGAGAUGAUUUGUACUUUGAGCCAUGCAAAGUAGCACCAAAUAAACUCCCCAUCCUUCUUUAACAUGACUGUCAAUCUACUUUUAAUCAAGACUCAAUAAAUAUUUUAAUUGCCUUAAACACACAA